CUCCAAUAAGUGAAGAAAUGGGAGGCAAAUGUUAGCAAAGUUAUACAUUGCUCUAUUACUUCUAUUCUCCUCUUCCUCUUGUUCUUUUCAGACUAUUAUUACCUUCUCUCUUUCUCUUUCUCUUUCUCUUGCUCUUCCUGAACUCCGUUCAUUGCAUCUACUCUACUUCUUUUCAAGCUAUUACAGGAAAAGAAAUAUGGUUCGAAAAAGAGAUCGAUUUUGGGAGUAUGCUGAAGAUCUAAAAGGUCGUUUUAAAUGUAAGUUUUGUGAACGUGAUUUUGCGGGGGGUGCUUCAAGAAUUAAAUGUCACUUGGCUGGAGUUAAAGGUCACGAUAUUGAUAUUUGUACGAAAGUGUUUAAAGAGGUCCAAGAGAAGGCUGCUCUAAUAGUUGGAGAACCUAACAAAAAACUUAAGGGUGCAUCAACUUCAAACAGAGAUAAAGGGAGGGAAAUCAACUCAACUUCAAUAUCAAAGGAUGUCACAUUAAGCAGAGUGUUUGAAAAGAGUAAUGAAGAAUAUAGCACUGAAAUCGACCUUAGUGUUGCAGUGGAAGGACUAUUAGCCAAGGUGAGAUCACUUGUUAUUGAUCAUAUUGGUUCUGGAUUGGGUGACAAGGAGAAGCUAAUAGAGCUUCUUGUCUCAUUAUCCAAGAUUCAAGUUGUGUUACAAGACACUGAGAAAUGGCAAAUAACUGAUGAACCUAUGAGGAAUAGGUUAGCGGAGUUUAGAGAGGUAGUUUAUGAUGCUGACGAUGUGCUAGAUGAGUUUGAGAUUCUUAAGCAAGAGGUACAAUCUCAAAACCAAAUAAUGGAAAGUGUCGAAAACAAAAUGAAGACCAUCAUCGAUCGAUUAUUGGAAUUGGAUACAAUUAAGAAUGGUCUUAGAGUGGGGUCUAUGGAUACAAUCCCCAAGAUUAGCCUGGAUAGAGAGGUAGACUCCAACCUCAAUGAUUUAGAAAUUGUAGGGAGAGGAUAUGAUGUCUCAAAAAUAGUGAACAUGUUGACUAAUGCAAGCAAUCAAUGUAUCUCCGUUCUUCCUAUAGUGGGUAUGGCAGGUCUUGGAAAGACAACUUUAGCAAAAGAAGUUUAUAACAAUGAAUUAAUAAGGAAACAUUUUGAUGUACUAGCAUGGGCAUGUGUCACUAAGAAUUUUAAUCGUAAGAGGAUUUUACGUGAGAUUCUUCAAUCUAUUGAUGGAAAUGAUCAUCUUUCAUACUGGUACUAUCUCCGAAGUGUAGAUGAAAUUCUUAGUAGACUUCAAAUAAAAUUGUGUGGGAAUAAAUAUCUUCUUGUACUUGAUGAUGUGUGGAUUGAUGAUCAUGAGGAAUGGAGUAAAUUAAGGAGUAACUUGCUUAGUUUUAAUUCAAUGACGGGAAAUAAUAUUAUUGUAACAACCUGUAGUGAUAAAGUCGCAAAUCUCAUAGGGACACCACAAUGCCAACAUUAUCUGGAACAAUUAUCAAAAGAUGAAUGUUGGUCCAUAUUUGAAAAAAGAGCAUUUGCAAAUAAAAAAAUUACUCGAACUAGAGAUUUGGAGUCUAUUGGAAGAGAGAUUGCUAAAAGAAGUGAAGGGUUUCCAUUGGCUGCAAAAGUUUUGGGAGGAAUAAUGUGCUUUAAAUAUGAUAAAAGUGAAUGGUUAUCAAUUCAAAAUAAUAAAAUUUGGGAUUCAUUGGAUGAUGAUACUGAUAGAUUCUUCCGGAUAUUGAGGUUAAGCUUUGAUAAUCUUCCAACACCAUCUUUAAAACAAUGUUUUGCAUAUUGUGCAAAUUUUCAAGAUUAUAACAUCAGAAAGGACGAUGUUAUUCAACGUUGGAUGGCUGAAGGGUUCCUUGAAUCAUCUAAAGGAAGUUGUAUGAUGAUGGAGGAUAUUGGUAACUUGUAUUUCAAUAUCUUGUUGGUAACUUCCUUUUUCCAAGAUGCUAGAAAGGAUGAGUAUGGUAACAUUAUCAGCUGCAAGAUGCAUGAUUUGGUACAUGAUUUUGCACUCUCAAUUCUAAAAUCUAAAACUCUAAUUUUGGAGGGAGCUUCAAUGGAUGAUGUUGGCAAUGCACAAUGUUUAUUUAUCCGCUUUGUUGGCCAAACAACACAAAGAAUUUCAUUUAUUGGAGAUGGUUUCACAAAAUUGCGCAGCUUAGUUUCAGAUUAUGCUGACUUUGGCAGCACAUUAUCAAAUUUUAAAAGCUUACGUGUGUUAAAGUUAUAUGGGGGCAGUAUAAUAGAGUUGCCAGAUUCAAUUGAGCAUUUGAUACAUUUGAGGCUUCUUCACAUCUCACAUGCUAAUAUUAAGACAUUACCAAAAUCCGUCACCAAACUCUACAAAUUGCAAACUUUAACAAUCAAAAAAUGUUUUCAAUUCGUAGGGCUUCCAGAAGAGUUAAGCAAUUUGAUUAACUUGAGACAUAUUUAUAUCGAUAAGGUUCCUCUCCGUAUGCCUAAGAAUAUGGGGCUGUUGACUUGCCUUCAAACAUUGCCAAUUUUUGUUGUGGGUCAAGAUGAAGGUCAUAGCAUCGAAGAAUUGGGAGCUUUAAAGAAUCUGAGAGGAGAAAUAGACAUCUACAAUCUAGGUUUUGUGGAAGAUGGGGAAGAAGCCAAAAGUGCAAAAUUAAAAGAAAAGGAAAUAUUCAAGUUGGGAUUAUACAAUUAUUGGGAUGAAGAAGGAUAUUGGGAUGAAGAAGAAGAAGAUUAUAGAGAUAAAGAUGAAAAGGUGUUGGAAGGCCUCCAGCCUCACCGAAAUUUGAAAAGCUUAACAAUUAUUGGGUAUGGAGGAAAGAAAUUCCCAUCAUGGGUUGGUUUGUCGCUACAUCACAAUUUGAUUGAGAUCAAAUUGGGAUGGAUCAAGAAUUGUGAAGAAGUUCCUACUCUGGGGCAUUUACCCUGUCUUAGGGUUCUUGAAAUAUAUGGAAUGGAGAAGGUAAGAUGUAUAGGAAGAGAGUUUUACAGUGAUGAGAGUUGCAAAAAUACAAUAUUAUUUCCGGCAUUGAGAAUACUUAAAUUGGCGGAAAUGGAAAUCUUAGAAGAGUGGAAGGAUGCAAAAGAGUUGACAAGUGCAGGUGAGGUGUUGGUGUUUCCUUGCCUAGAGGAGCUCACCUUACGUCGCUGUCCGAAGCUGAGAUAUUUGCCAGACUCACUCCACACCUGCACUUCCCUUCAGAAGUUGGUAGUGAACUGCGCUGACCUGAAGUAUUUGCCAGGUGUCCCAUCAUCCAUAAUAAGGCGUGGUAUUGAAGACCUAGCCACUGGCAGUGAAUAUUUGGAGAAUUGGGAUUGUCUGCCUUCUUCUUCUACUUCCUCCAUUCAACCCUCCCUCCAAAGUCUCAUGUUUUUUGGGCCGGAUACUCUCCUGGACCAAAUUCAAUAUUUCACUGCCCUUAAAAUUCUGUGGAUUGACGAAAAUGUAAAUUUGGUUGAUUUGCCAGAGUGGUUGGGCAAUAUUUCUUCUCUUCAACAGCUGUAUCUUGUGUAUUGCCUCAACCUGGUGCAUCUGCCCACCAAGGAAGCCAUGCAACGCCUCACCCAAUUGAAAAAGCUGGUGAUUUAUGGUUGCCACAAAUUUGAACACAAUGAGAGGAUCAAGAUUAGCCUAUAUCCUCUCAAUCAAUUAAUAUCCAAGGGAAAGCUACCACCACUACAUUAAAUGCACUGCAGUUCCAUGGGUUGAAAUCAAUUCUGAAUGGCCGCCAUAUUGCAAAGAUUUCAAAGACUAACUCAGGAAGCUGGUGAGAAGUUUGCAUUUGGGAAAAUAUUAAGUUGAUGACAACUGUUGCCAAGGCACUUCAGAGUUGUUGGGUAAUAUUUCUUCUCUUCAACAGCUGUAUUUUGUGGAUUGCCCCAACCUGGUGCAUCUGCCCACCAAGGAAGCCAUGCAACGCCUCACCCAAUUGAAAAAGCUGGUGAUUCAUGCUUGCCCCAAAUUUGAACACAAUGAGAGGAUCAAGAUUAGCCACGUUCCAUAUGUUGAAAUCAAUUCUGAACGGUGGCCAUAUUGCAAAGAGUUCAGGGGCUAACUCAGGAAGUUGGCGAGAAGUUUGCGUUUGGGAAAAUAAUUAAGUUGAUGACAACUGUUGCCAAGGCAGUUCAGGGUGUAGUGAUUUAAGUGAUCCCCAGUUCAACUAGUGCAAGCAAAUUUGAACUCACAUUCCUAUAAAGUUUCUGACAACACUGAAGUUGUUGAUGGUUCUACUUCAAAUAUAUUAGUAUAUGGUUUCCACCUUUUGAAGCUCACAAGAAGAUUUCAUCUCGUAAAAUAGUGAACUUGAUGACAAAUGAUGCCAAGGAACUUCAGUUGCACUAUCUACAUUGAAAAUUUUGCAAUACUAAAGUUGCUGUGUAUGAGAGAGAAGAAGAUUUCAGGAAUUUUUUUCUACUAAACCAACUAGUUUCAAGCCAAAAUUGGAAGCUCAUUUUAGUUCCGAUUUUGAUGAAGUUUUAGCAUGUUGUUCCUGAUGAAGAGAGCUUGUAUUGACCAGUGUUGUUGCUCGCUUGAAUGCUAGACACUUGGUGAGAUCUUUUCUUCUUGUUACAGUUGGCAUCCACCUUAUUGCCUACUGUGAUGAAUAGCUUUUUGUAAUUCAAGAGUGAUUUUUUUUCCUUGGUAGCCUCUAGCAUUUGUUCUCGAGAAUAUUGUAGCAAACCCAUUUUCUAUAGUGAAAAUUUUUACUGGACUAGGUCCUGUGGUUUUUCCCUUUUCAUUGAAGGAUUUUCCACGUAAAAAUUUGA